AUGGAGAUGACAGGUUUUCGACAUCAGGUGGGCGGCCAUUUUGGUCUCUUCGAGUGCACUGGCCAUGUGGCAAAGCCAGUGAAUGCGCGUGAAAUGGCUUUCUAUGAACUGCUCACCGACAACAUUCGCACUUUCACACCAGCUUAUUGUGGUCGUGUCUUGGUGUCGACGUCGAUCUCGGAGAAGGGAGAGCUCACCCUGAGCACUCCAUCAAUGUUCGAUUGCCAUAAACGACUCCCGCACACUCCCCCAUCCACAUCGAGACCUAAAAAAAUGCGAUUUCGUCUCAAGAAUGGAAAGGUGAUGGUCGAUCUAGACAAAAACGAGAACACAUUUGCCGGCGAAUGUCAAGCGAAAGUUGUGCAUCGAUUGCUGAAAAAUGGCCCAUCAUGGUUCAUCUUGUUAGAGAAUAUUGUCGAGAAUUUCGAGAUGCCUUGCGUUUUGGAUUUGAAAAUGGGUACAAGACAGCACGGAGACGAUGCGCCGGCGCAUAAAGUAGCGGCUCAGAUGCGCAAAUGCGCCGAGAGCACGUCAGCUCUUUUGGGAGUUCGAAUCGUCGGCAUGCAACUUUUUGACGGACCUUCUGGAGCGUUCAACUUUGUGAACAAACUAGAGGGCCGAAAAAUCGAUCAGCAACAAUUCUAUGACUAUUUCUAUCUCUAUUUGAGAGCAUGCGGGGAAAAGAGAGCGAAAAUUCUGAAGAAACGCUUGGAAGCGAUCAGAAAUGUGUUGCUUGAGGCGGAAGGAUUUAGAUUCUUUUCCUCGUCAAUCCUCGUCGCAUUUGAUGCGAUCGGUCGAGAGGAUAACAUCCGUGUUCAGAUGAUCGACUUCGCUCACUCAACUUUUCCCGGAUUUUGUCAAGACGCUUUGUAUUAUGGUGCCGACGAUGGGUAUCUACAGGGAGUGGAGACUCUAAUUGCACAGCUCGAAUUCUUCUUGGAGUCUUUCCCGGAAACGCCCGAGAGUUGCGCGUCAAGA